AUGAAGGGAAAAUUGGACUCUAAUGAUUCUGAGGCAAAUAUCAUCAGAAAUAUUUUGAAAAUAGCACGAACCUCUCAACCAAAUGAAUUGAAUCCCAAUUCAGUCAAAAAGAAUAGCUUUUCUUACUUUUAGUCUAAGUAUGGUUUAUAAUCUAAUUAGGAAUCAGCAUCAACUGAAAAUUUGCCAAUCGAGGAUUCGGAUGUUUAAAAAUCAUUAGAGCUUAUACUUACAGUAUUCAUGAUGAAAAAGUUUAAAAAUAUUAAGUAGACUUUUAUACAGUUUUCAACCGAUAUAAAUAAGCUGCUGAAAAUGAUGAAUGCAAUUGAAGUCAUAAUUAUUGAAAUUACACUAUUAUAGGAAUCUCUAAAUGAAAUUAAGUAUCAGAGCUAGUAGGGCAUAAAUUUUAAUACAAGGUAGCUUAAUGAUGCAACAAUAUUUGAAAGUAAAGAUAUGAUAAUGUACUACAGAGAACUGCUAUUCAGAUUCACAAACUACGAUAUCAUCAAUUAAGUGGAACUAAACGAUAGAUAUUCACUUAUCAAUGACUAAUUUCAUCUUUUCAAACUGACUAAUCUGUUCAAGACUUUUAACACUAAGAAUACUAUCUAUAACUAAUAUAGAUCUAACCCUAGGCUGCAUCCUUUGUCAUAUGAAAGAUGGGAAGGCUCACAGUUCAAAAUAAAAAACGGUAUAAGCUCAAAUGUAGAGGAUAUUGUAGCCUUGGAGCUAUUGCCAGAUUGUACCCUGAAUUAAUGA